AUGGCGAACAGAAAGUACGACGACCCGGCGGAUGCUAAGCAAGCGCGUAGGAGGUCCAACAAAGAAGCACAGAGAAAAUAUAGAGACAAACUGAAGCAACAGAAACGGGCUUCACAGGCUUCUCCGUCAGACAUCACGAUGAGAAACGAGAUGGACGAAGAAGCACCGACUGCAGUCGGGCCUCCGGAUGCAAGCGCGCAAGAAGCCUCGAGCGGAGUGGAGAGUGUCCAAGACGAAAGAAGGGUGCCAGAUCGUCCUAACGCACCGCCCACCCCGCUGGAACGCAUGGCUUGCAUUGAACAAGCCAUUGACGGACUCCUGGUCAGCGUCAAAGACCCCUACGUUCAGAAGUCUUUGCAGGAUCCGAUUACGCGCAUCGACCUCAAAUUCAGAGAUCUCGUUGGCCGCGUACACAAGACCGAAGCGACUCCUGUGCAGCGAGAUGCCCGCAUUGUCCCGAGCAUCCAGUACCAUCCGCAUGAACUGACUGCAGCUUCGGCUAGAGCACACGACAUUACGGCGGAUACGAUUCGGUCUCUCACUGAACAGAUACAUAGACACCGUGCCCAGUGUACACCUUUGACGGAAAUCAAGUUCCUGAGUGCGCAGCUGGAUAGAGCGAGGAGACAGGCGAUAUGGACACUGUAA